UUGUGUGACAGUUACUUUUACAAACGCUAUCUCAUACCAUGUCUGAAAGAGGUCGUUCAACUUCCCCUCGUUUGCCGCAGAACUCUACCACCGAUGUUGACAUGGACAAAGGGAAAGAAAAUAAGUUGCCAGACGCCAAGGUUGUCAUAAUCAACAAUUUGACGCGAAACGUCGUCGAGUCGCACCUUCGUACUGUAUUUGGUUUUUACGGCCAAAUCGUAAAACUUGAUCUACCACUUUUCACUAAAUCCGGUCAAAAUCGAGGAAAAGCCGCCCUCGAAUUCUCCCAAUCUUCGGAAGCACAUAUUGCUGCUUCUCAUAUGAAUGGCGGACAGCUCGACGGAGCUAUCCUAAAAGUCGAGCUCUCCGAUCUCCCCGUCCGUUCUCGUUCUCCUCGUUCCCGUUCAUCCCGGUCACGUUCACCGAGACCUCCCCCUCGUCGCAACGGUCGUGACAGAGCCAGAAAUAGAUCAUUUUCUCGUUCUCCAUCUACUUCACGAUCUAGGUCGCCGCCAGGCCGAUACCGUCGCAAAGAUGACGGUCCGGGAUUCAGAGGAAGAGGCUUUGGCCGUCGUGGACGUGGGGGUCCUCCCCCGCGUAGAGGGCGUAUGAAUGGAGCUUCUCGUUCUCGCUCACCUACAAGGAGGGGCGGUUUAGGCCCGAGAAGGAGAUCUCCAAGCUACUCAAGAGGUGGAUAUGGCCGCAGAGGUCGCUCAAUCUCUCGUUCUCGCUCAAAAUCUAGGAGCAGGUCGAGGAGCUACUCCGUCCGGUCCAGUAGAUCCCGCUCGUACUCUCGUUCGAGGUCGAGGACCAAAUCUCGGUCAAGGUCCCGGUCGAUGUCAUAUUCUUCUUACUCCAGAUAUAGUCGGAGCCGUAGUCGGAGUAAAGGCAGUCGGGAUGAUAUCAGAGAUAGCCGGUCAAGGUCACCCGGAAAUUAAUCAUGUCGCUGUUGAAUGUACAUUAUUAUAUAUGAGUACAUACAUGCUACUUAGGUUUCUUGUUCUUUACGAUGCAAUUUUUCAAUAUUGAGAUAAUGAAG